AUGUCAGCAAACGACAACGGCGGACCAGAGGAUUUCGUCUUCAUCGACGAUCCUAUGCAAGCGGAAUCUCUGGAUGAUGGCCUUAGUGGCAGCAACGCUUCUAACUCCCCUGUCGAGCCUGACUAUGUGACGGUGGAUAGCGACGAUCAGAUCAUCUCUGCAAACCGUGACAUCCUCGUGGAGCCAACGUCGGACAAGUACAAGCAGGCCAUAGUGAAGAUCGAGUACUUUGAGCCGAUGCGCCUCAGCGCCUUCCCAGACGAGCUCACCGAAGCUGCCCUCAUGACUCCCAUCCCCUCGGAGUACCAAGCGCUUGAGGACGAGCUCCGCAGGCCGCCCAGCCCGACCAAACCCCACAGUGUCUUGGUCACGAAUGCCAACCUUCUCCUCGAAUGCUUUUUCCACUUCGAGGGCCUCUACCUCAAGAUCGGCCGAGGCCCAGUCCUCUGCGUGGUCGGAAAGGCCUGCGGACUCAGCUCCAAGCGAGCCAGAACCCUCCAGCAGCACGUGGGCUGCACCUUCGACGCCCUGCGUGAGGGCCGAAUGGCGUUCUUGCGAAGGACCAUCGGCACGUUCAUCCCGAGGGCCGAGGAUCACAACGUUCGAGAGCUGGCCAGAUUGGUGGGGUACAUCAACUUCAAAUCAGAGGAGCAGCAAGAGGUCGAGGAGAGGUGGUACAAGGACCCGGCCUUCGAGAAAAUGUGGUCCGAGUGGCAGGAAAUCCUGGAGAACAAGGGCUUGAGGAUCACUGAGGGCCAAAAGAAGACUGCCUCCGACCAGAAUUCUGGCAGCACCAGUGGCGAGCUCAACAGUCUUGUUUCAAAAGCUGUGCGGGCUGCUGACAGGCUUGACGAUUAUAUGAUGCACCUUGAUGCCUGUGGAGGUCUACGUUCUGGUGGCCUGACCAAGGACGACAGGCUUCUGCUUCAACGAGCCCUCGGCAAGGCCACACGCUGGACUGGAAGGAUCAAGGACUCGCAUUGA